AUGAUCAAAUCGACAAACUCUAUUUUUCAAUUAGACUAUCCUGCGAAAUCGACCCUCACACCUAUCAGACAAAGCGGACAUGGUUUCUUUGCUGAGAAUGACAAGCCUAAAAAACUCCCGAAAGAGAGUUCAAGUUUUGAGACGGACUUAAAUUCCUGUGCUAAUCCGUAUUCAAGAUCUAUGUGGGCGACUGAACACGAUUUCAAGCUCAAUGUACAGCAGCUAGAGCAGCUGAACUUCAAGACUAAAAAAGUGAGUGAUUCGAGUAUAUCGGGUCUAUCCGAAAAUAUCAGGCUUGAUGCAUCUCCAACAGAACCUCUGGACCUCGGCUCACGCGAUUGCGAUGAAACCAAUCAAAAACAAUCUCCGUUCAAAGGCAAGGAUUUUUUGGACGCUUUGUUUGAGCUGCUUAGAAACGAAGAGGCCUAUUUCAACGUUACUGACGCACUUAACAUGGUCUAUCGCUGGGAACUGCACAACAACAAGAAGUUUAGAGACAAGUUGGUUGUGAAAGACUCCAAAGAGGAAAUCCUACUUUUUGGUAAUGUAGACACCAUAACACAGCUGAGCAAAAUUCUAGUCAAGUCUGUGAAGAACUAUGUCGUUGCAUGCUGUCGAUCAGGGACUUCUAGGGUCGAUUGGGAAGGGUUUGAUACCCAUCUAAGUGUUCCACAAGAAUUUGCAAACACUUUCAACCCCACGGCAUUUUUUGACUCUCAUUUAAACAAAAUCAGGUCAACUUACGGCACAUACUUCUCGAGCCACGAAAGACAAAUUCAACUUCUCACGGAGCUGAAAACAAAUUAUCGCUCUUUGUUUUACAAAUGGUGCGAGAACUGUUUGAAAAGAAGCGAUUAUCUUAGCAUCGAAGAUAUACUAGAGUCUCCUAUCAAACGUGCCAAAGAACUGGACGAAGAUCUGCAGCGCCUGAUAUGCGGAGCCGAAGAAUACCUUUCCCCAGAAACAAUGAAAGAACUGAAAUCAUUCAAGGAUCGCUACUCAAGCUUCCUUUCUGAUUCGAUAGCUUUGGUAAAAUCGCAGACAAACAAUACAACCAACAUUUCGGCUGUGCCACAAGAUAGACAAAGUGGAAAUCAUUUACAUAUUUCUGCCAGCGAUGUGUCCUGCAGAUCUAGUGAUACCCAUUUUUCACUGUCAUCUAGUAGGUAUUCUGACUAUACCAAUAUCGAUACCAUCACGGAUAUUCAUAAACGGAAUAGCGUGCCUAAAAAAAAAAGUGUUCAUUACGAUAAUCCGACGCUAGCGGACUGUAUUGAAAGAUUCAGGCGAGUGGAGAAGCAUUUGGGAAAACUGGAGAAGGAACUUAUAAAACUGGAUCUAACAGCCAUACUUGACCAAAACUUGCGGCAGGCAGAGCACUGGCGCAAAAUAUUUGAAUUUGAACCAGCCAGCCAAUUACUCACGCAACAUGCAAAUGUAGAAACCAUCUACACAGCUUACAUCAACAAGAUUCAUCAGCAGCGACAAGAUGUGAUGUUGCUUAAGCUGGUUGGUUUCCAAACACAUGUUUUAGAUCCGUUGCUGCAGAUUAGAAAACUAUGUGAGCGGGCCAGCAUUCAAGUCGGGGACUUUAAGGCACUGAAAAAAGACUACAUGGCCUCAUUGAUGUCCAAGGAUAGUCUUGAUAUCAAAAUGCAGCUGGUGGUCAAGCAUUUCGAAGAGCUUCAAACCAGACUGUUAGCCGAACUGCCAAUCUUUCUGCAAUUGUUGUCCGAACUUGUCCAUUCGUUGCUAUUGGCUUAUAAUAAAUGCAUGCUGGAUUACAUGGAGUCUUUAUGUGGAGGGAAACGGCUCUUGGGCCGAGAACUGAAGCUGCUGGCUUCCGGCGAACGAGAGCCUGGUGACAAUUUCGAUAUUCUUCAAAUGUUUUCGUCCUCUCGCUUCUGUGCAAAACAAUUAAUCCGCGAAAACUGGAGCUGCCACGGUAGAGCUGCUGAGAGCCGAGUGGUUCGAAAGCUGUUCGAACUGUAG